CCGGGACUGAAAGCAGGCGCACCUCCUUUGUGGGCCCCCAGUGCGUUCGAUCCGCCCCUGGGAGCGGCACUUGGGCGGGCUGGGCGGAGGGGGGCUCUGGAAGAGGAGGAAACCAGAGCCCGGGAAACCCAGUAGUAAGAAAAAGCAACCAAGAGUAUUAUUAUUGGUAUCUGGAGUUGAAUUUGCCAGGAAUGCGAGCACAGCUUUCUCAGUAAAGAUCUUGCCUUUGGAAACAUCUUACCCCUUGACAUCUCUCCAGAGUUAAGACUUGGCAGCCUCAAGGAUACAACACAAGCAGGCAUUUUGGAGAUCAAAGAUGGGGAGAAAAGAUGCCUCCACUAUAAAACUUCCUGUUGAUCAGUACAGAAAGCAAAUUGGUAAACAGGAUUAUAAAAAAACCAAACCUAUUUUACGAGCAACCAAAUUAAAAGCAGAAGCAAAGAAAACAGCGAUAGGCAUAAAGGAAGUUGGCCUUCUACUUGCAGCUAUAUUGGCCCUCCUAUUGGCUUUCUAUGCUUUCUUUUAUCUCAGACUGUCCACAGAUGUUGACCCUGAUCUGGAACCAGAUGAAGAUUAGUUGAGCAGCAAUCAAUGCAUGAAAAGGAUAUAAUUUUAUAAAAGCACCUCUAGGGACCAAUACUUUCUGAAGUACUGAGACAGCAAGAUCUUGAUUUUUUUCUGCUGGUAUUUUCAGUUUGCAGAAAUAUCUUUUAAAAUGUUGCAUAGGAUAUCAAGAAAAGAACCUUACCUAGUAAUGUAGUAUGUGUGCUACCAGAUACUUUUAUAAAUCUUUCUACUUUGACAGGCAACCUAUUCAUGGUGCAUUUAGAUAAAGUGAAAAACAGAUCCUAAAUUCUUCAGAUGUCUUAGGCAAUUUAUGUGUAUAACUCCAUCACUUACAGAUUACUAAAUCUAUUUUUGUUCCAUAUACAUUCUAAGUAAAAGUAUAUAUCCUCAUUUACAGAAACAUUCUCUAGUCACAUUCAGAGCCUAAGAAGGAAUGAAAAGUCAUGGGAAAUUUUUCAUUUUACAGAGAAGCCCUGCUUUCUUUCCAGACGUAGUUUAUAUCAUUAGAGAGACAAUCUGCACAUACAUCUACAGUAAUCUUUUUCCUUCUUUGCCAACUGUUCAGUGCACAUGUGCUCCAUCAGAAAUGGCACCUGGAUGACAGAAGCUCAAAGAGUCACAUAUGUCUCUAAAAUAGAGUUGCUUUCCUCUUGGGCUGUCUGAACUGGUGUAAAUAGAAAGUUCAGUUGAUCUUGAUUUUAAUUAACUUAUUACUCUAUUAAUAUAAACUUGGAAUUCUAUUUUAAUUAUGUUGUCCUGGCUGCUUGCAGUAUCAGUUUGCCCUUCUUGUUAAGGAGAUAUGUAGCAAUCUGUUGUCUAAUUGUGCAGUCUUUUUCACACAAGGGUAAUAGCAGAAGUCCUACCUACUCAGAGUCAUUUUCUUGGGUUGUCUCUUAUAUCUGAACAAUACAAACGUGUUUUACAAAAUUGUAUUUUGUCUCUUGGGAAUUAAAUCAAUUAAGUCAUUUUCUUGGGUUGUCUCUUAUAUCUGAACAAUACAAACUUGUUUUACAAAAUUG